UCACCAUUCUGUUGUCCUGAAGUUAAUGAGUUAAUUUUCAUGAAGGUGAGUUGCUGAUAUUUUUCUGAACCACACUAGUAAGCUCUCUCUGAUUUUAGUUUCACUAUUCAAUCAAUAUGUUGCUGUCCAACCCAUUGCAAAUCACUUUGGAAGAAGAGGACUGGUUGUGGGAUGGGAAAAACAUGCUGUCUUUCCUGAUUGCUCUUGCAAUUUGUUGCUUGGUUUUCUAUGUUUACCAUACUCUGUGGCUACAGCCAGAAAAAAUACGAAAAAGGUUAUUGAUGCAAGGAAUUAAUGGACCUAAACCUUCUUUCUUUUAUGGCAAUUUGUUGGAGAUGAAGAGGAUUGAUUCAAGAAACAAGGUCAAGAAUGAAGACAGGUGUAUCUCUCAUGAAUUCAAGCUUUAUCCUUCUUUCAAUUUAUGGAGAAAUGAGUAUGGCCCAACAUUCAUGUUCUUGAAAGGCAACAGAAUUACAGUGUAUGUUUCUGCACCUGAAAUACUGAAGGAGAUCACACUGUGCACAUCUCUGGCAUUUGGGAGAAGCACGGCUUGGAUUAAACAAAGAACCUCUCUUCUCGGUGAUAGCGUCGCAACCUUAAAUGGGCAAGCAUGGGCUCAUCAUCGAAAGAUUAUUGCUCCUGAGUUCUUCAUGGAAAAAGUUAAGGUAAAGUUGCUAGCUAGACCAUUGCAAACUAUACAAAAUCAUGCAAUACUUGGAGUUAAUCCUAUCCAACUAGACAAAUGAAUAGGGAAUGAUGGAUUUGAUGGUAGACUCAACUCUCUCAUUAUUGAGAUCAUGGGAAGUAAGAGUUGAGACUGCAGGAGGAUUUGCAGAUAUGAAGGUUGAUGAAGAUUUGAGAAACUUGACUGCAGAUGUGAUAUCCAGAGCUUGUUUUGGGAGCAGUUAUCUCAAAGGGAAAGAUCUAUUCUCAAAGAUUAAGGCACUUCAAACAGCUCUAGCCAUGCAGGCUACCUGGAUUAAUCUUCCUGGUUUCAGUCAUCUUUCAGAUAUAUUCCAAAUAAGAACAACAGAGAAGUGUGGAGGAUGGACAGGGAGUUUUGACACUCAAUAAUGAAGGUGAUCAAUGAGCGGAAAGUAGCUGGGAACAUAGAAAACGAUCUACUGAGCACUCUCAUUGACGCCAAUGACCUCAAUGGAUCAAAGGCAUCAGUAAAGUUUGUAGCAGAAAGUUGCAAAACUACAUAUUUUGCAGGACAUGAGACAAGUUCGAUUACUUUGAAGUGGGUUCUGCUGCUUCUGGCAUUGAAUCCUGAAUGGCAGGCACGCGUUCGUGCAGAGAUCACAGCCGUCUGCAGGCAACACAUACCAGACGCCAAUGCGCUUCGCCAAAUGAAACUGCUGACAAUGGUCAUUCAAGAGACGAUGCGCUUGUACUCCAUCACGCCAUUGAUACUCAGGGAAACCUUGCAAGAAGAUAUCAAGUUUGGCGAUAUCUGGUUUCCGGGAGGAGUUGAACUAAUGAUACCAGUUGCUGCAUUGCACCAUGACCCUUAUAUCUGGGGUCCAGAUGCCGGAGAGUUCAAUCCAGAGAGGUUUGCCAACGGUGCUUCAAAAGCAUGCAAGUUCCCAUAUCUUUACAUGCCAUUUGGUUUCGGUCCUCGAGUGUGCUUAGGCCUGAACUUUGCAAUGGCUGAACUAAAGGUCAUCUUGUCUCUCAUGCUUGGCAAGUUCAGUUUCACUCUCUCGCCGAAUUAUCGUCAUUCUGUUGUUUAUGGCAUAGUGUCGGAGCCUGAGUUUGGGGUAGACCUCAUCGUGAGAAAAGUAUGAUCGCCUUAUAAAGAGAACUCUUUUGUAAGAAUACACAUGCAUUUAUAUACAAAAUAAAAGAUGUAUAUAAGAGUUUUUUUUUUUUUUUUUGGCCAAGAUGAACGGCUAGGCCAUUAAGAAAGGCUGAAAGCGUGCAUAAAUUUCGACAGAGCAAGUGGGGACGGAGCCCGUACAUACAUUAUGAUAUUACUUUAUAAAAUAACAUCAACACGUUGCUGCA